CUGUCUCUCUCUCUCUCUCCUGUUUCUUUCUCUCUCUCUCUCCAAUUUUCUCUUCUACGCCGCUGCACCGGCGAAUUUCGGCAAUCGUCAUCCGGCGAGUGUGGCAACCGCUUCAGUCAGGUGAAGAAAUAAAUUGAUUCAAUUGCUUACUAAAGAAAAAAAAAAUACAAUCGAUAUUGUGGGGAAAGGAGAAAGGAUAUUCAUUAAGAUUCUAGUACUCCUACACACUUUAAAGUGUUGAUUGCCAGAGCUUCUUUGCUUGUUGAGCAACGUGUGCCAAACCAGUAUUCUUUAAAGCCCCCCCUACAUUUUCUAGGUCUGUUCUUCCUUGUUUCACCCUCCAUUUAAGUUGUGCAUCCUCUCUCCUCUACUUUGGCUUUCCUAGCAACAUGUCAUCAUCAGGUGGAAACUCCGGUGGAGGUGGUAUUGGCAUCAGUGCACCUCAACCUUACUUCUGCCACCAGUGCAACCGCACUGUAAGCAUCACUCCCUCACCAACCUCUGAUCUGGUUUGUCCUGUUUGCGGCGGUGGCUUCCUCGAAGAAGUUCAAAACCCUAAUCCAUCCCCUGAACCUAGCCCUAAUUCCUUCUUCUCCUUUUCAUCUGAUGAUUCCUCCUUUGGUGCCAGGGGAUUUCCUCUAUUGUUCACCACCACAUCCUCCUCUGGUCAUGGUGGUGGUGCCUUGGUCGAUGAUCUUCCUGCCCUCUUCGGUGGUCCGCUAACCAGAGUGUCACAAUCUGAAGACACUGAUGCGUUCAAUCCAUUUGCGUUCCUUCAAAACUAUUUACAAACUUUAAGGGCCACUGGUGCCAAUGUUCAGUUUGUGAUUGAUGGCAACCCUGGGGACCCCGCUGGGUUCCGUGUUCCUACUAAUCUCAAUCUUGGGGAUUACUUCUUUGGCCCUGGACUUGAGCAAUUGAUCCAACAACUUGCAGAGAAUGAUCCAAAUCGUUAUGGAACCCCUCCAGCAUCAAAAUCUGCCAUGGAAGGACUUCCCUCAGUAAAGAUUACAGAGGAACUAUUGGCUUCAGACUCAUCACAGUGUGCUGUGUGCAAGGACACAUUUGAGCUUGGUGAGGAGGCAAAACAAAUGCCCUGCAAACACAUUUAUCAUUCUGAAUGUAUUCUGCCAUGGUUGGAAUUGCAUAAUUCUUGCCCGGUGUGUCGAUAUGAGUUGCCCACUGAUGAUCCUGAUUACGAACAGAGGAAUCGUGGGACCUCUACACCUGCAAAUCAAAGUCAAGCAGCUGGGGGGUUCAAUAUCUCUGUUGGUGGUGGCAGCAUUAAUGCCGUUGGUGAUGGUAGUGGAAGUGGGGCAACCUCUGGAGAAAAUCCUCAGACACCAAGAAUGGUGGAGCGGAGGUUUACCAUUUCAUUGCCGCAGCUGUUUAGGGUAUUUGGUUCAACUGCUGAGACAAGUAACACUGGCAGCGGUAACAACAAUGGAAACAAUGAAGGUUCAAACUCGGAAAACAGGGGAAAUCAGAGCACUGGAUCAGAGCCUAGACAUGAAGAUCUUGAUUAAGGAUUAUCGGUUGAUGCUACUUGGUUAUAAUAUUGAAGAUAUCCAACAAAAUGAAUACAAUGCAUGGUCGAAGCAAGUACAGUGUAAACAGAGUAGACAUUUUUUUAUAUGUUUUUAAGCUCAAUGUGCACAUUUAAUUGACAGGGUUUUUGGGAUUUCCGUCUGAAUGAAUCCAUUUUGAUUCAGUAUUUCUCUUUUGUCAUCUAAAACUACAGUACUGAAUUUUUGGUCACAGGGUUAUUUCUCAACUCAAGUU